GCGAGGGGCGUAGCCUGGAGAGUAACGAGGCGCUCGUGGUAAAUAAUUCAGAGGUGGCCGCACGGACUGCUGUGGAGUAUUGGAAGUUGAGGGGGGAGAAGGGCGUGGAGAAGAGUGUACGUGUCUAGCCUUGUGGGUUGACAUGGCGUGGCGUGGCGUGGCGUGGCGUGGCAAGCUCACUCACCUCACUCGACUCGAUGACAGUACAUCUCCGGUUGGUCCCCUCGCGCACCACCCUCCAUCCUCAUCCUAGGUUGUGCCGCCCUCGACAUCAGUGCCACCCCUUCGCGUACUUCCCGCGCAUCACCAGGAUCAACAUCCAUCGGCUCCAUCCGCUUCUCCCUCGGCGGGGUAGCGCGCAACAUGGCAGAGGCGGCGGCGUACAGUCUGCGCGGUGAGGAAGGCGGGGUGAGACUCGUCGCCCCCCUCCUCUCCGACGCAGCGGGCAGCUUAGUGCGGGGCAUGAUGCAAAAAAAGGGAAUGGACACCGGGGGACUCUUUGCGCCGGACACUGAGGUUGAGACCGAGGCGCGCUCUACGCCCGUUGCCUCCCUCCUGCUCGACGGAGAGACCAACGAUCUCCUCUCAGGCGUCGUUGCCAUGCAGCUGGUCGAGCACAGCUUCGAUGAGCAGCGUGUCCGCCAUUCGCUCGAGGAGCACGCGAAAGGAACGCGAGUUGUGGGAUUCGACGCUAACCUCCCCGUGGAAGGGAUGGAGGCGCUUCUACGCUGGAAGGGGGCGCAGCGCGAAAAUGGAAAAGAGGCGCCGCUCCUCCUCUUCGAGCCCACAUCGGUCCAGAAGUGUGCGCGCUUCCUCGACGCCGUAGCCGCGCUGCGGAGUGGGAGAGCGGGGAAGCAGGGUGCUUCAGGCGAAGGCCAGGGCAAAGGCAAGGCGCUGCUGGACGUAGCUACGCCCAACCUCCUCGAGCUACGCGCCAUGCAUCAGCGCGCUUUGCAGCUCAACCUGAUUCCCCGCCAACUCGCCAUCAUGUCAACCCCUACUACUGCUCCCUCAGCUUCAGCCGACUUAGAGGAGAUCCUCCGUCUAGCCGGCCCGCUCGCCACGCUGUGUCACCUCUUCCUCGUCACGCUAGGCCCGAAAGGAGUACUCGCCGUCUACCACAACAAGAGGGGGGAGGUAGAGCAUCAACACUUGGACAUCGAUCAGCCCCUUGGAGCGGGCGAGGUGAGGAGUACGACGGGGGCGGGUGACUCGUUUGCUGGUGGUGUCAUGGCUAUGCUUGCCUCUGCGCCGCGUCCUGCAAAAGGACAGGCGUGGGAAGGGUGGCUGCGCACGCUCUGCGAGGCGGGCAGUAGAGCGGCAAAGGCCAGCUUGAAGAGCUACGACGCCGUCGCAGCGCCGCCGCCGUCGUCGAGCGUCAAGGGUUGAGGAUCACGUUGAGGAUGAGGAUGUCUCCCACUUACUUCCCAUUAGAGUACGAAUAUAUGAAGCAUCUGCAUCCU